CCGGUCUCUUCUCUCCCCCUCGAUCUGUUCAUUUUGUCUCAAGUAGGUCUCAAACUAGUAUAAAUGGGGCAGGUGUUUUAGUACGUACCUUUAUCAUCAUUAGAUUACUAAGCACCUGGGGCCUCAUCAGGCGCCACAAGGUAGGUAUUGAAGAAGCUGCCCUUCAAGUCCUUUGAAUUUCCAUCUCUGUCUCAUUCUCUCUCUUCUACAAGCUACGCUUCCACGGCGACUUGUAUCAUGAAACUACCAUAUCUACCAAUCCAUAUCCUCUUUUUCCUUUUGUUUCUUCCCUAUGCUAGCUCAAUUUCUUUCCAAACACCCCGAUUUGAUGCGAGUGCAACCAAUAUUGUGUAUGAGGGAGAUGCACUGCCUGCUGUAGGAGUCAUCGAACUCAUCAACAAAUAUAGGUAUAUAUGCCGUGUUGGCAGGGCCACCUAUGCUGAGAGAAUCCCACUCUGGAACUCUCGUACGGGGAAGGUUACUGACUUCACAACCCAUUUCUCAUUUGUCAUCCAAAGACAAGAAAGCGAUGCUUAUGGCGAAGGAAUUGCAUUCUUUCUUGCUCCUUUUGGAUAUCAAAUCCCCCCAAAUUCAGCUGGUGGAUUUCUAGGCCUACUCAACACCACAACCAGUUAUUUCGCCGGUUCCCAGAUUGUUGUAGUUGAGUUUGACCCCUUCGUGAACCCUGAAUGGGACCCUCUAUAUCGGCAUGUGGGGAUCAACAACAACUCACUUUAUUCUGUUGCGAAAACCCCUUGGAAUGUUAGCUUACACGAUGGAGACACUACUGAUGUAUGGAUCACCUACAGUGCUACAACAACCACACUCAGUGUCAAUUGGAGCUACCGAACUACCCCUGCUUCUCCAAAGGAGACAACUAGUCUUUCAUACCAAAUUGAUCUGGCAAAAGUCUUGCCUGAGUGGGUCACAGUUGGAUUUUCAGCUGGUACUGGUGAAGACGCUGGGACACGAUAUCAGAUUGAAUCGUGGGAAUUCAAUUCGACUUUGCAUAGGGAGUAUACCGGUCCAGGUCAUGUAAAGCGUGCAAAUAAGACGUUAACGAUAACAGCAGUACUAGUGACAAUUUCAGUGGGUUCUCUGAUUGCUGGAUUGGUUGCAGCAAACAUUCCGAGGUUGUGCAGGCGGAGAAACAAAGAAGCAGAAGCAGAGGAAGAAAGAUUGACUUCUCUUACUCAAGACAGUAGUGACAGAGGAGCCGGAUCGAGAAGGUACUCUUAUUCAGAAAUUCAAAGAGCUACCAACAACUUCUCCGAGGAGGUGGGUGAAGGAGGGUCUGGUACGGUUUACAGGGGUAACCUUAAUACAGAUUUAGAUACCGCUGUCGCUGUGAAGAAAAUUUCAAGCAGGUCAGGGCAGGGGAGAAGGGAGUACAUGACGGAAGUGAAGCUAAUUAGCAGCUUGAGACAUCCAAAUCUCGUGCAACUGAAAGGAUGGGGGCACGACAAAGAGGAGAAGACAUUCCUACUUGUUUACGAGUUCAUGCCAAAGGGAAGCCUUGAUGUUCACCUUUUUGGGAAGGGGUGUGCUUUAACCUGGGAUGAGAGAUACAAGAUAUGCGAGGGGUUGGCCACUGCAUUGCUCUAUCUUCAUGAUCCAUAUCUUCAUCAAGGGUGGAAGCAAUGCGUGGUGCACCGAGACAUUAAAUCAAGCAACAUCCUACUAGAUUCUAGGUUUAAUGUCAAGCUAGGCGACUUUGGGUUAGCUCGACUUAUGGACUUUGAGCUAGAUCCCGAGACAACUGAGUGGGCUGGAACACAAGGUUAUGUGGAUCCAGAAUAUGUACUCAGUAGAAAGGCUAGUAAAGAGUCGGAUGUUUAUAGCUUUGGGGUUGUUAUCUUAGAAAUUGCUACUGGAGAAAAGUCGGUUGACCACCCUAUGAGACUGGUAAAGAGGGUUUGGGACCUUUACGAACAAGAAAAGCUUCUUUCGGCUGUGGAUAAGAGGCUGCUGCAGAAGUAUAAUAAUGAACAAGCAGAGAGAUUGAUGAUGGUAGGACUGUUAUGUGCUCACCCUGAUCGAGAUGAAAGGCCCUCUAUAAGGCAAGCAAUUCAGUAUCUUCACUUUGAUGCUGAUUUUCCAAAUCUUCCUAAGAAGAUGCCUGUUCGAGUGUAUCAGCAACCUACAUCGCCGUCAGUCAGCUCCAACGAAGCUUUAAGUAUAACAAGCUGCCUUCUAGGUGGUCGUUGAAUAAUUGUGCACUGUUUAAGAAUAAAGGAUGCAGAGAAGAUUGUAGAGAGAAUUGAUGUAUUUUUCAUUGAUAAUAGGAACCUGUUGUAAAUAAUUAUGGAUAAAUCAUAUAAAUAGAUGUUGAGUAAUAGGUGUCUAUCCCUA